AUGGAACAAGCAGUCGGCGGUGAACUGAACCCUGUCGACCACACUGGACUCUGUUUAUUGUCUCUUGAUGGAGGGGGAGUCCGAGGCCUGUCGACGCUCCAUAUCCUCAAGUGCCUUAUGAGACUGCUGAAUCACGAACGUCAGAAGAGCGGAGCCUUGCCGCUUAAGCCAUGUGAAUUGUUCGAUCUCAUAGGAGGGACAAGUACGGGAGGUCUGAUCGCUAUCAUGCUUGGCCGGCUCGAGAUGGACGUGGAUGAGUGCAUUGAAGCUUACAACAGACUGAUCAAGACUGUGUUUGAAAAGAAGGCACACUGGGCGCUCUUCAACUGGAGGGGAAAUAUUCAAGCGCAAUUUGACAAUGCAAAACUGAAAGGGGCCAUUGAAGAGAUUAUCACUAGGAAAGGUUACUCCACCACGGAACUGUUUAACGACGGCAAAUCUCACGGGUGUAAAGUCUUUGUAUGCGCGGCAACGACGAAUCCGUACAGCAUGAGACAUCUACGAAGUUACGAAAUUCCCCCAAAACCGGAUAUGCCUGUAACAAUUUGCGAAGCCGCCCUCGCCACAUCAGCCGCCACCACAUUUUUCCCUCCCGUCUCGAUCGGGGCUAGAACCCUUGUGGACGGGGCGUUAGGGGCGAACAACCCGGUGGACGAAGUCGAAAGAGAAGCAACAGACAUUUGGUGUCCCAAAUCUGGCAAUCUGAAGGACCUUAUUAAGUGCUUCGUCUCCAUUGGGACGGGAAACCAGGGCAUGAAGCCGAUUGCAAACAAUGUCGCGAAUUUCUUGUCUAAGACACUAGUCAAUAUGACGACUCAGACAGAACAGACGGCCGGAUCUUUUUCGGCGAGGUGGAGGGACCUCUCAAAUCGAUAUUUCCGUUUUAAUGUCGAACAGGGACUCCAAGAAGUCGGCUUGGCGGAAUACAAGGAGCUGGGCCGAAUCGAGAUCGCGACUGAUGAUUACCUCAACCACCAGCAGCAGGCCUUUAGCUUGCAAGGCUGCGCGGAGAAUUUGAAGCUGAAGCAGAGUGUGUACAUCGAAGAUCUCACUUGGCUGGCAACCGUUCCGUAG